UUUAAUGAAAUGCAGACGGUUUCUCAUUUGAGUAUUAAGUAUCCUAGUAAUAUAAAAAAUCGUGAUAUUAUAUCCCAAAUCAAACAUCCCUAAUACCAUAAAAGUACAAUACAAAACGUAUCUUGUAUGUUCUUAACAAACAAAAAUUAAACCUGCUCACUUGAUACAUAAGAAACGGUAGCAGUGAUAAAUUUGUGUGACACAGUGAUUGACACAUCCAACUAUUAGAGGUCCUUAUUAACAGAGGAUUCGUGAGAUGGGGGAAGACACCGCGACCUCCGUAGAAGUUAAUACCGAAUACCCAAAGCGGAGUUUCUUUAAGAUCAAUAAAAACUUAAUUCUUCUAAAGAGUACACUUUUCUUUCUACAUGGAGCCCAAUCAUCGCUCGUUCCGUACCUUACAAUACACAUGCAAAGCAUUGGUUUGAGCAUGGAACAAAUUGGUAUUAUUUAUCUAUGUCUACCAUUCACGACGUUUAUCGCUCCACCAGCUACUGGUUACUUAGUUGACAAGUUCGGUAAAUACAAACAAAUUGUAAUCGGUUGUUUCAUUUUAACAGCUCUGUUACAUCACUCUUUGUUAUUUAUGCCUCAAAAAGAAACACCAGGUACCGUACCAGAUGGCUAUAUAAUCAGGCAUCCAAAGAAAAUGUAUAUUGAGGUUUGGUGGAGUCCAUGUCCCAGCAGGGAAUGUCCAGAUGAUGAAGAACUAGAUAUUGUCCUUGAUUAUUGUGUCGAUCACUGCUUAUUAAGAGACGCGAAGCUUGCGAAAACUUUGAAACAGUUGAAAAUUAGUGAGAAUAGCCCCAUCAAUAAUCUUCAAAAACCUCCAUCUGAAAGUGCUGAUCCAGGAGAUACAGACGACUUGAGUUUUCGUAUUAAAAAGAAGAAAACAAAUGAUACGGCAACAUCAUUCACCUUAGAUAUGCAUCCGAAUCUUGGAGAUCCAGUAGAAACGUUCGGUAUCGAAAUCGAAGACGAAAGUGACGAAGAUGUAACUGAUUUCAAAAAGAGAUUUCGGGCGGGUAUGCUGAAAAGAAAUGGAGUAGAUAUGGAAGAACUAGAAACGUUAGAUUUGCGGUGUGGAGGAAUUGUGGGAGAUGCGAAUUCUACUACGAGAGAGUUACUUUCUAACUAUACCGCCGACUGCAUUCUACAAAAGUGUCAAUUCAGAUCAGGUGGUCCUAACGUUUGUCCUCCAGACUACAUACCAGCAGACCAAAUGAUUUUCUGGAUAUAUGGAGGUUUGAGAUUCUUAGCAACCACAAUGCAACUUGCAGCUACAUCUGCUAUGGACCCAGUGGCUUUAUCUAUGAUAGAAAAGCAUGGUGGCGAUUUUGGAAAAGAACGAUUAUUCUCAUGUUUCGGUAUGGCUAUCUUUGCACCCAUAACAGGAGCCCUUAUUGAUUGGAAUACUCAGAGACUCGGUCAUACCGAUUAUUCUCUAGCUUUUUAUUGUUUUGAUCUCCUAUUAAUAUUAGCAUCUAUCUCUUUAUUAUUUAUGCCGUUGGAUACGAAAUUACCUGCAGAUGAUAUGUUGAGUGAUUUGAAAAAGAUAUUCAGAAUGCCAGCUCUGAUGAUAUUCGUUUUUUUCUUAUUCAUUCUAGGCAACUUAUGGGGUUUCAUAGAAAGUUACCUAUUUUUCUAUUUGAAAGACCUGGGAGCUCCUAACUAUCUAUUGGGUGUAACAGUCACUGUCGGAACUAUAAGUAGCGUUCCCUUCCUUUAUGGAUCUGAUAAAAUAACAGGAACCAUUGGACAUGUCCGCGUCAUAGUUUUAGCGUUUUUCGCAUAUUCUAUUCGAUUGGUAGGAUAUUCAUUAAUUGAGAGUCCUUGGUGGUGUUUUCCAUUUGAAGCAUUAGAAUCAAUUGCAGUACAUUUAAUGUGGGUUGCUGCAGCAACGUACUGCGCAAUCCUAGCACCUAGAGGACUUCUAGCAACAUUAUUAGGUGUAUGCUCUGUUGCUCACUACAGUGUCGGAAGAGGUAGCGGAAGCUUUACUGGUGGUCACCUGAUAGGUAAAUUUGGUAUAACGUCAUCAUUCAGAAUCAUGGGAAUGCUUGCGGUUACUUCUGGUUUAGCGUAUGCCUUCUUACAUUAUACCUGGUUGAAAAAUGCUGAAUUGCUUCAAGAAGACGAAGAAGAAGCGGAACAACUGAGAAAUGGUCAACCAAAAUAUAAAGAUCAGAGCACAUCUAUGAGUAUGGAAAGAUUGAGUAUAAUGAUCGAACAUAGUCAAAUAGGUUCAAUAACUUCGCUUGGCCGACAUUCUAGAAGUGGAAUAAUCAGAAGAGGAAGUUUAUCGAAAAGACAAUCGAUUCCUAAUGCCAGAGCUGAACUUCUCAAAUCAGCCAAUGAAAUAAAUCAGAUGAAUCAGGGUAGAAUGAGACACAAUACGGAACGGGACGACUCCAAUAGCAGAAUAUAUCCAUCUUUAAGUAUACAAGGUGUAAACGGUAGUAUAUUAAAUGAAAAAGAUGAAAUUGUAUACGAUGAAUUGAAAAAAAAGGUUAAAAAUAAUGAGCAGAAGGAUGAGAAAAUCUAUGAUGAAAUUAAAAAGAAGACGGAAAGUAAUAAAGAUGUAACAGACGAAGAUUAUAGAAAUAAAUCCGGAAAAUUAUGAUAUCAAGCCAUAUUAUUCAAUUUAUAACUACUAUAAUACAUUUAAUUUAAAUGUUUUUAAAACUGUGAAAUUCACAAAUUGAUACUGACGCUAAAAAACCUUCCAUACAUAAUUUUCCCUUUAUGUACAAGUUGUUCCAAUGUGUUGAUAUAAUGAUAACUGGUCACAUAUUUAUAAUUAUCCCUAAAGAUGUUUUUUCAUGUAUUGCUUUAUGGGAAGCUAAUAAAUGGAUAGAGAUAAGCUUUUGAAAAUUGUGGCCUGUGGCCUUUUUAUUCUUAGAGAUCUUCGAAACGAAUAAUUAUGAUGAAACUUGAUGACUAUAUGAGUGACACUUUCUCAAAAAAGUUAUAGCAUUAACAAAAUUGUGAAAUACUUCUACCCAAUCUAAAAACAGACCAAAAAAUCAACAUUGUUGAGAAGAAAAAGUGUGAGAAUCUCGAAAAAAUUAAUUAACACUCUUUUGAGAACAUUAAAUAAAAAUUUUUGUGCUCUUGAGAAACUAAUUCAGCCUGCUAAACGUACUCAAUUGAAACAUGAAUAAUUCCCUCACUAGUGAGUCAGCAAUAAAAUUUCUGGUAUAUUUCAGUUUACUGGCUUGAUAUAAUAAUAUUUUAAUAUUACAAGAAGUCUAGAAAAUAACCGUCAAACUUUCAUUUCAAUGAAUUUACAAUAUACGAAAGAGAAACUUCUAACGAUUAUUUUAGUUAACUUUUGAGUAAAAGGAACUGUUUAAAGUUAAAUAGAAAACUUAUUGAUAAAAUCCAUUUAGUUGAAACUACUCAGAUUUAGAAAGUGCUCAUGUUCUUCAGAAACAAUAUUAUUUUUAGUAUAAGUAUUAUAGUUUGCUAGUCAGAAAAACGAAUUGAUAUUUUUCUCUAGUUUUUUGUUUAGAUAAAUUUCCAUAAACUGGUUGUUAUAGCUUAUUUCAGCAUUUUCACUCUUUUUAUGUUAUCAAUGUUUUUCUGACUUGAAUUAUAAAAAAGGCAUUUUUUCACGAAAGUUCCAUCUUUAUCGAUGAUAUAAUCAGAUUUGUUUAUAGAAUUUGUCUGUUGUCGUUUUUAUUUUUAAAGAGAAUAAAAUGUAAAAUUAAAUCAUGUUGAAGAUCAACAUUCCCCAGCGUCCAACACUCUACAAAAAUUUGUUUUUCUUUAGAUAUCUUUCCACCACAGUUCAAUUAACAUCGAUGUUUGAUUCAGCUGUAUGGCGGUCCAUCGCAAUUCACUUUCUCAUGGAUUUUAGCCAUCGUACCGCUCAUUCUUUGGAUUAUUCUACUUUAAAAGAGCCGCUUGGCCACCCAAAGCGUAUAAUAUAUAAUUGCUUGAAUUAUGGUCUCAAUAUUAAAUUUCAUCAUGAACAAAUAUCUUCCGAAAAAUUUGAAGGAUAUAAUUCGACAUUGAUUUUUAUUCAGAAAAUAAUAGAAAUUAAACUGUUAUUAUUGUAAACUAUCAUUUUAGAAGAGAUGCCGUCUUUAGUCAAUCCUUAUUUGUGACUGAUUAAACUGAGGCAAAAAAUAAUGAGACCGUUCUUCGAAAUCUUCUCAGACGGUGUUCAAUUGGUCUUCCCUUCCUCUAAGAGACUUACUGCAAGGAUUAGCAAAACGUUGGUUGGAAUAGAAGCUCCGGCAUUUUGCUCAUUUCCACAGAUAAUUCUCAAAUUUGAGGUAUACUAGUAUUACCCUCAAUUUCAAUAUUUUUUUAUUCUAUAUUUUUUAAUCUUGAGUGGUACAUAUUGUUGAAAAAUGCGACAUCCUCUGAAUGGUACGGAUAAUUCGUCUAUGCGAAAUUUGUUUCCUGGUGUAAAAACUUGCUAAUAAUUUUUCACAAGUUCAUCAACAAAUAGUUGGAAUUUAUAAACUUGGUUGGCCCGUUGUAAAUGGAAUGCCAAAAUUGUAACAAUAAUUAGAAUCUGUAACGGCUCAUGUUAUUUCUAAGAAUUCAAUCACUACUUGUCUGAGUCCAUUUAUGGAUUCGUCAAUUUUCUGAUAUAUCCUCUGCGGCCAUAAUAAUCUGGAAUACAAUUUCGUUUGAGAAAUCAAGUUUUGCCGUUUUAAGAAUGAUCUGAAAUGUUGAAGUGGGGUCGCAUUUAUCAAUCACGCAGUGAAUUCCGGAUGAAUUUCUUCUGACGCUUGACCAAAAUCUGUAUGGUUCCCUUGCCGAAUGAUCCACUCCCGAUUUGCAUCAAUUAUAAGGAUUUUCGAUGAUACUGAAUCUGAAUCAUUAUCAUCUCUUUGGAACUAAAUUUAACUUUGUUUUUCUUUGUUUCAGUCUCAUAUUAUGUAUUAUUUUAAUUUUUCCAAAAUAACUCUUUUUGAGUAUAUUAUCUCGUUAGCAGUUAUAGAAUGAGAAUCAUCAGGUGAACUUGUAGGAGGACCAAUAGCUACAAAACAAUUUGUUAAAUUAUAUUUUUGAGUUCAUCAUUGCUCAAUUUCCAGUGAUAUUUUCACAAUAAAUAUCUUCAACAGCAUUAUACCCAUAAUAUUCCGUAAGAUUCUUAAAAAAACGUCCCUCAGUUUUAUCAGUAAGGGAUUACUUCAGUCCAAUAUUUUCAUAGAACAUCACCUAAAAAACAGUUAUUACCAUAAGGUUACCUUCAAUAUUCUUCAUUGUCUCAAUACAUUUCACACAAAAAAAAGUUUCACCUGGAUCAAAUGUUAUUUCUAUGAACGAGAAACCUAGAUACUAAUUUACAUGUUAUAUUUACACCAGUUGUAGGUGUUUGCUUCAAAAGUUUAAAUUUAUAUGGUUAAAAUUUGUAGAUCAACAUCAUGUUUUGUGUUAUUUACAAUGUGCGCAAAAAAUGUUGCCUAGAAUAAGAGUUAUUUAUCGAGCUUUCUUUUUCAUUGAAGUCGUGGGGACAUUAUCACUGUCAUGGGAAAAUAUUCAGUUAAUCGUCUCAACAUAUGUUAGAGAGCUUAUCCCAAUAAAGGAGAACAGCAAUUUAUACUUUAAGCUGCAACCACAAACUUACGUUAUAUGAAGCUUUUCAUAUUUCAGAGAAUUUAGGAAGUUUUACUUUGUCGAUGUGAAACAACAUAUACAAGAAA